ACAACAAAACUCAAAUUUCGAAUUCUCUCUCUCUCUCUAAAUUUAAAUAAAAUAAAAUAAAAUAAAAAAGUUGAAGCAUUUUGAAAAUGCUUCUUGAACAGUGCGCCACCCGUUAGCCCCCUUUUUUUCUCUUUUAUCUCUCUCUUCUUCACUAAUCUCACUUUCAAAUCUCAAACCCACCAAUCUCUUCUCUCUCUCUCUUCCUCACUUCUUUAGAGAAUUUCCAGUGUUGGGUCUGCUCAAAAAACUCUAAUGGGUGCUUGUUUGAGCAAAAAGAAGAAGACUUUACCUUCAGUGUCUUCUACCACUGUUCCUCCAGCUCCAGAUCCCACCUCCUGCAAUGGCUGCAAACCCAUCAUCCCAAUGUCUCAGCCUCCUACCAUCGAUGUGAAACUCAAGACAUGCAACGAAACAGGGGAAGGAAAUGGUGAAGGGAAAGAGGAAAGGAGUGAGUACCCUGUGAAGAAGGAGGUUUUUGUGAUUAAGCACAGGAAGAGCCAUGAUGGGAGAGACAAAAAUGGAGCUUCUCUUCUUCCUCCACCUCAAGAGGUGAAUGGACUUGUCUUCUCUGCUGCUACUCCUACUGUGUCUUCUUCUUCUUGUGAAAUUUUGGAGUCUGGAGCUGUGGGUGAAAAUUUGAAGGUGGGUUUGGUGAGAACUUCGAGCUGUACUAAAGAGGAAGUUGAUGCCAUUUUGAUUCAGUGUGGAAGAUUGAGUCGGAGUUCGUCUGCUAAGGGUAAUGGAAGAAAGUACUCAGGUUCAAAGAGAAGCUAUGAUUUUGAUCAUGGUGACAGAGAUGGUGUUAAUUCUGGAAAUUUUGGUGAUGAAGAUGAAGAUGGGAGGAAUCUAAAUUCUGUUGAGGUUGAUGACGAUGGAACUCCGGUGGAGAAAUGCCACCACCAAAGGCAGCGUCACCGUCAAUCUCCGAGACGCUCUUCCUCUCAAGGAAGGAGGAGGACCCCAAGUAGGGAGAGAGAUCAGAACCAACGAUCCAGCAGCCGAGAGAGACGUGUCAGUAGGUCGCCUGGUCGACGGUCGGCGGAGCCCUCUGCAUCGAAUGGUUCGAAUUAUACUUCCAAUGUCAAUGGCAAUGCCAAUAACAGUGGUGUUCUCAAUCGGCCUGCGAAAAUGGUUUCGGUCCCGGCAACGGUCUCUCACAUUGAAAUGGACAAGAACAACAAUGUCAAUGGUGGUUGUGGUGGCAAUGAAUUGGCGACUGUGACCGCUGUUAAGAGGAUCUCGGUUAAAAGAAACGUUGGCGAGGCGACGGCCAUGGCGGGUUCAAGGGUUGCUUCAUCACCUCGUUCACAGUCUCCUGCAAGAAGCAAUGGAAAUGUUAAAGCUUCGGAAGAAAAUCAGCAGCAGCAGCCAUCUCUCAGCCGCAGCUCAUCAAGAAAAGCAGAACAAUCUCCUUACAGAAGAAACCCAUUGGGUGAGAUUGAUACUAAUUCACAACCACACAACAGGAUUCAAAACAGAAGCAAAAAGGAAACUGAAGAAGUAAUCGCUAAAGACUCCAUUAAUGGGGUAAACCAGAAGCCAAAAACUGAUUCCAAAAGUUGUCACAAAGUAAUAGUUUCCCAAGUGAAUGGCAGCAAAUCUAGCAGCACUGCCACUGCUACCAGAGGCGUUGUGAAUAUUAUCACCUCCACAACACCAUUAUCAAACACAGAGGUAGUUGUUGUAGAGCACCAGAAACCCCACGGAUUGGCAAGGAGCAGAUCAGCAAGGCAUUCCAGAGAACUGGAUAUUAAUCCAGAAACAUUAUUGAAUCAGAGUCAAACACCAUCUUACACCAAAAUGUUGCUUCAAGACAUUCAGAAUUUCCAUCAAAAGAAUACCAAUACCAAUACCAACCCUGUUUCUCUUCCAGCUUGUGUAACCAAGGCAUGUUCCAUUGUUGAAGCAGUUGCUGAUCUCAAUUCCACUACAAGUUCAAAUUUCUCCUGUGCUUUCUCUGAGGAUAGAAGCAACCCACCAACACACCAAUCCAGCAGAAAUGAGUAUAGUGUUCCUUACAGUGGCAAUCUGAAGGGCACCGCCGAAAUCAGAGACCCUUUUGUUGAAUCAGAAGUUGCCAUGGACGACGAUAUUCUGGAACCAAGCUUUCAUAAAUACGUAACAGUGAGACGGGGUGGCCCUGUGGUUGCUGCUGGAGGGGGAGAUACAGAUGAUCAGGAAUCCUCCGGUAGCAACAGUUUUGUGAGCAGUGUUCAACAGCAUCAUAGGGGCAUUUCAACUGCCUCAUGGGAACCCAACUCUGCUGAUUCAACUGACUCCUGGACAUCAAGACAGAACACAAAAGAUGGCUCUGGUAGCAGUUUGCAAUCAAAACCAGGGCUUGACAGAGACGAUAACAGACGGCGAACUGCUGAAAGACGGAGAGACUCCGAUUCGCAAAGAACUGGCAUUGGCCGUGGUAGACUUGGCAAUGCCGGUAAAGUUCUUCAUACAAUUCCUGUUGCAGCCACUGGUUCCACCUGAUUCGAAUUGUAUAGAUCUCUCUCUCCUUUCCCAUUUGCCUGUUUUUUUUUUUUUUUUUUUUGCCUUUUUCCAUUCUUCUUUUCAUGCUGUGAAAAGCAGAGUUUUACUUCUGCAUUUGUAUUCAGUUGCAAACUUGCAACCAUUUCUCCUGUUCCUAUAUUAUCUUUACUCAUUAU